GGGAGGCGGGGAGGCCAGCGCUUGGCGAGGCCGGCCGGCCAGGCGGGCAAGGAGGGAGGACAGCGCCCAGUCCCGGCCCCAGCCCCAGCCCCAGCCCCCGCCCCAGCGCCGGCCGCCUUGCCAUCUGGAUGCAGAGGACCAACGCAGGCAGGAAGAAGGUGAGGAUGGGAGAGACGAUGCCCCAUCCAACAGCCUGACAGGGUGACGUGGAUCACACCAUCCAACAGAAGGCCAGGUACCAACCUGCUGUCUAAACAACGCAACCAUGCUGAAGCCCAGUGGGCUAAAGAUCCCCAACCGGGGGGGAAAACACUCCAGCCCUGUGGGCCGAACCUCUUCUGGGUCAUCCUCGGCUGUGGCCACUACCAGCUCUAAGGAAGGCUCUCCUCUGCACAAGCAGGCAUCAGGCCCCACCGCGGCCACCGCUACCCCCGCAGAGAAGCCGUGCCCCAAGGUGGCAGAGGUUGGCGAUGACUUCCUGGGGGACUUCGUGGUGGGCGAGCGGGUCUGGGUGAACGGGGUGAAGCCUGGAGUCGUCCAGUAUUUGGGAGAGACGCAGUUCGCUCCGGGCCAGUGGGCUGGCGUGGUCCUGGAUGACCCUGUGGGCAAGAAUGAUGGCUCCGUGGGUGGCGUCCGCUACUUUGAGUGCCAGCCGCUGCAGGGCAUCUUCACCCGACCCUCCAAACUGACGCGGCAGCCCACCGCAGAGGGCUCGGGCAGCGACGCGCAUUCCGUGGAGUCACUGACCGCCCAGAAUCUGUCCCUGCACUCCGGCACGGCCACACCCCCUCUGUCCACCCGAGUCAUCCCCCUGCGGGAGAGCGUCCUCAACAGCUCCAUGAAGACGGGCAACGAGUCCGGCUCCAACCUCUCGGACAGUGGCUCGGUCAAGAAGGGGGACAAGGACCUGCGGCUUGGCGAUCGUGUCCUGACUCAGACGCAGCUGGAACAUGCUCGAAUUGGAGAGCUAGAGCAGAGCCUGCUGUUUGAGAAGGCACAGGCAGAAAAGCUGCUCAGAGAGUUAGAGGACAAUCGGAUGACAACAGUGGCAGAGCAGUCAAGGAUCCUGCAGCUGGAGGAGGAGCUGAGCCUUCGGCGGGGGGAGAUUGAGGAGCUCCAGCAGUGCCUGCGGCAGACAGGCCCCACAGACCCCUCAGACACCAGUCCAUCCUCCGAGGCCCUGCGGCUCCGGGAGCAGCUUCUGUCUGCCAGCAAGGAGCACCAGAAGGAGAGCGGGCUGCUCAAAGACAAGUAUGAGAAGGCCCUGAAGGCCUACCAGCUUGAGGUGGAGAGGCUGAAGGCCACCAACGAGAAGUAUGCACAGGAGAUUGUGGACCUGAAGCACAAAGUCCAGCAGGCCACCAGCGAGAACAUGGGGCUGAUGGACAACUGGAAGUCCAAGCUGGACACACUGGCUUCCGACCACCAGAAGUCGUUGGAGGACCUGAAGGCCACCCUCAAUUCGGGCCCCAACACCCAGCACAAGGAGAUUGUGGAGCUGAAGGCGGUGAUGGAAAGCAUCAAGUUGGAGCACCAGCUGGAGCUGGGCAACCUGCGGGCCAAGCAUGACAUUGAGACCGCUGUGCUGGCCAAGGAGAAGGAGAGCCUCCUGGGGAAGCUGGAGCAGGCCCGUGACGAGCUGGAGGAGGUGCGCCUCCACUGGAAGGCGCAGCUGGAGGCCAGGUCCAACCAGCACCUGCUGGAACUGCAGGAGGCCAAGGAUCAGUGCAGGGACGCUGAGCUGCGGGCCCGAGAGCUCGGCAAGCUGGAUGGAGAGUGUAAGGAGCAGGCCCAGGCCAUUGAUUUCCUGAAAGAGCAGAUCUCCCUGGCAGAGAAAAAGAUGUUGGACUAUGAGGCAUUGCAGAGGACGGAAGCCCAGAGCAAACAGGAAAUCCAAAGGUUACAGGAAAAACUCUUGGUGACAGAGAACAAACUCCAGGCCAUGGAAUCCCUCUGCUCUUCUCAGCACUCUGAUGUGAUUGAGACAAAUGACAUUUCAGAAGAGAAGAUCAGAAUGAAACAGACUAUGGAGGACUUACAGGACAAGCUGAGCAAGAGAGACAAAGAGGUGGCGUCCUUGGUAUCACAGACCGAGAUGCUCAAGGCCCAAGUAAGUGCCCUGGAAGGCAAGUGUAAAUCAGGAGACAAGAAGGCAGAUGCCCUCCUGAAGGAGAAGAAGCGGCUAGAAGCUGAGCUCGAGGCUGUGUCCCGGAAGACCCAUGAUGCCUCUGGGCAGCUGGUGCUCAUUAGCCAGGAGCUGCUGAAAAAGGAGCGGAGUCUGAACGAGCUGCGGGCCCUGCUGCUUGAAGCCAACCGUCACUCCCCAGGGCCUGAGAGGGACCUGAGCCGCGAGGUGCACAAGGCUGAGUGGAGACUCAAGGAGCAGAAACUCAAAGAUGAUAUCAGAGGGCUGAGAGAGAAGCUGGUUGUGCUGGACAAAGAGAGAUCAGCAUCGGACCAAAGGCGCUAUUCCCUGAUUGACGCGUCCUCGGAGUCGGAGGUCCUACGGCUCCAGCAUCGCCUGGUCAGCACAGAAGACGUCCUACGCAGUGCUCUGGAGCAAGGUCAACAGAUGGAGAAGCUCAUGGAAGCCAUGAGGAGUUCCCCUGAGAAAUCCCAGACCAUUGGCAAUUCUGGUUCCACCAAUGGCAUCCAUCAACAAGACAAGACCCGGAAACAAGAGGAGAAGCACUGACCACAGGAGGAAAAGGUGGAGAGAGGCCCAUUUCACGCCUGGAUUCACUCGCUCACCUGGGCAGCCAUGCACCCUACCGCUCGCCUCCGGCUUCUCCUCCAGGCACUGGGCCAAGAUUGUCCCUUCUGAGACAGGAAUGGUGUUUGUAACAAUAGUGUACUAACAGAUGUGGACAAUCCCCCUCCCUUCUGCCCUCUCCCAUCCCCCAGCCCAUAUCCCACUGCCCUGACCUGGAGGAGUCCACAGGCAUGGGUCCUGCUGGAAGGAGCCAGUCUGGCCCCCUGUGCCCCCCCUGCCCUAUCCCCUGCGGCCUCCAGUCUCUGAUCUGGACACUUGGGAAAGCCCUGGAAGGCUUCUGGAAUCCAAUUUGGAAGGUGUGUGUGUGUAUGUGUGUGGUUGGUUGGGAAGACUAUGGCCUCAGAGAGUCCAGAAUCAUGAGCCUCCCCACCUCACCAUGAACAGGAGCAACUUGGAGCAUGGCCCCUGGGAAGCUGGGCCUCCCUCUCUCCCUGGCUUCCCCAUACCCUCAGAGGCCUUGACCUUGUGAGCCAGGAAACAGCUGGGCUAUCCCAGGACAGCUGCUGUUCUCGAAAGGGCAUCUGGGGUGACAGGGUGACAGCACUGACUCCCAGCCCACCGGGGAGACCAAUGAAGCCGCCGGCUGAGACAGAAGGAUUGAUGUGAACAGGCUGUGGGAAACUUUCCUCCUCGGGGGUCCCCUUGCCCCCUUCCUCCCUCCUGUAUGAUGCCACUCAUGGUACCGAGUCCCCUCCUCAGCCAACUGCGUCUACUUUUCAUACAUGCCAUUCCUCCAUUCAGAGAAAUUUACUGUGUUAUGGUGAGUUACCUAACUCCUCGACUUCCCUUUUCAUGUCUUAAGCCCUUCCUGGUCCUCUGUGCUUAGCUUCCUUCAGCUGUUGGCACGAGCUUAAUACUAGCCAGCAGGUGAGCCAGAGAGAUGGUGUUGUAGACGCUGGUGGGCCAGCCCCAUGGCUUCCCUUUGGCCCCUUCUGCUAGCCUGUAGCUGUAAGCCCAGGGGUGUGGGUGGAUGUCCCAAGCUCUUAAGGUUAGGAAAAAGUCACCAGUAGUAAAGAACUCAAGGGAAAGACAUAAGAUAUGCAGACAUCAGCCUCUACAACCCAUCCCUCUGCCCCCGUGCUAGGCUGGCCAGAGGACCUGGGCUAAGGAUGGAGCUGGAUGGAUCCAAGUCAAGUUUGACUCUCACCCCCAUCCCAUGGUACUUUCAGACUUGUUCUCUUGGACCAAAGCGAGGUAGACAAGCAGGCAGCCCCAAACUGGGUCCUCAUGGGGAACAUCAACAUCCCUCCCCCUCCCAUUUGUUGCUAGGAUUUAGAGCGGGAUGAGACCUCAAAGAUUAUCUCGUCUAAUUCCAUUUUUGCAGGUGGAUAAACGUAAGCCGAGAAAGGGGAAAUCGUUUUGUCUAAGGUCACUUGGAGAACAAGGGGCAGAGCUGAGAUUUGAACCCGGCCCUCUGAACCCAAAUCCACCAGCCCUUGUGGCCUCAGGUGUAAGCUAGCACAGUGAUGCUCAAACACAGGCUCAUUCCAGCUUUUCCCAGAGAGGAGGAAGGUGACGCCAUGGAGCAUUGUCAGGGUGGGAAUCAGGGGUAGUCCAUGCCCCUCUCCCUCCUGCCCCCAUCACUUACCCAUUAACCGACUCAACUGGACCAAAAUCAGGAGCCUGGUCCUGGCCAGAGAGACCCAAGUUCAAAUCCCAGGCAGGAAACAUAGGGUUCCAAUUUGGUUCCCAUCCAAAUCUAAGGGAGAAAUAUCUCCAGCCACAUUUCCCUGUGAGCUUCAGAGAGACCCACAAGGCCUUGUUAUAUGUCGUGUUCUGCUGGGGGGUUUUGUGGGUGGAUGUGAAAUUCCAGAAAAGAGGCUCCUUCCCCUGACACACCAACAUCUAAAGGGACACAAAUUCAUUUUAUAAACAUUCAUUUAGCACUUGUUACAUACAAGGAGGUGUCCUUGUUUGGAGUUCCCUAUCCUAGAGAAAUCACAGAUCUCAGAAGCAAAGACUAGAGUUCUGGUCUUGGAGUCAGGAAGACACAGGUUCGAACCCCAUCUGUGACCCAUAGGCAACUAACUCCCAAGUCACAGAUGGGUUGAGAUCUGUCCUAGUGAAGGGAGUUUCCACAAUGGGAGUAUACUCCAACAGCACGCAUCCUCACAUAUUCAAGCCUGUGCAACAUACAUACAGAUGCAGGGAUACACUACCCAACGGCCUCCCUCUGCAGGACUGCAAGGCGCUAGAUUUCCAUUUGGUGUCUAUCCCUGGCUUGAGACCCCACUCGCACCCCCAGCCCUGGGUUCGAGGGAUCCCAGCCCUCCCAGGUCACUGGGGAGAGGACUCCUCUUUUUUUUCUAUCCUAUGGGGUGUUUGGGUGGUGGUUGGUGUCUUCACCGAUGGUUAGCAGCCAGAGUCCAAGGUCCUAGGUCUUGCUCUUUAGAAGCACUAACCAGCUCUUUCCCAAGGCCAUCUUGCUUCUGUCUCUAUGCUCUACAGGGCCCUCCAGUGGCAGGGCAUCCAAUAAAAUAACCAAAGCACCCAGUAGGCCAGCACUUACCCAGAUCCUCUUAGGCUCAUAGGGGUUAGAGCUGGAAGGAUCAUCAAGCCCAGAGAAGUUGUGACUUACCUUAGGUCACAUAGGGAAUAAGUCAAUGAGCUGGACUUGAACCCAGGUCAUGGAAGGGAUGGUAGAAUUAGAGCUGGUUAGGACCUCAGGAGCCAUCUAGUCCAACAACCUCAUUUGACAAGUGAGGAAACUGAGGCCCAGGUCACACCAGUAGCAAGGCUCAAACUCAGGUCCUCUGACUCCAGCUUCUCUUUGCACUAUAGCCCAGGUAUUCUGCCUCCAAAUCCUUUCUUCAAUACCAGGCUGCCUCCCAUGUAGGAUCGCCGGGGGACCAAGGCCAGUAGACUGCCCGCCCUCUAGCCAUGCUGGUCCUUGCCUCCCCUCGCCAAGAAGAGUUCUCCUCCCCCUGCUUGUUCACUGCUGCCUUCCUGCCACGUAGAACCUCAGUGAGACUUGAUGACAUCCCUAGUUCCUCUUCCCUUGUCCCCCUGUGACAUGAUGGGGCAGGCCUACUGGGUCCCAAGGCAAUGGGCUUCUGAGCUGGUAAGGGCCUUUGCAUCACUGAAUGCGAAUCUCCUCCUUUAUUCGGGGAGGAGGAAGCUAAGGUCAGAGUGAUAGUGGAAAUUUCCUUUAGUAACCCAGGGCUGCUAGGAAGGAUGUGCCCCCAGGAACUGUGCCCAGGUUAGGUACCCUCUCAGAUGUAGGUUCCUUGAGCGACGCUAGAGUCCACACUCCCUGCCCCACCUGGACCUUCUAUGUUGUUUUCAGCUGAAACAGCAACAUAUUCAGGAAACGUUUAAUGACCUAAUCCAAGCUCAAAUCCUCCGUUACUUCCAUCGGGUUCUGGCUGCUCUUUGUGACCUAGGAAGGGAAGGCUUAACCCACUAAACUCUCAUAGACUUCCUGUUAGCAGAAUCAUGGCAGCUGUGGAUGGGUGGGCAAGCUGAGGCGGGGGAUGGGAUGGGGACCUCUUACCUGGGCCAACAAGGUGCAAGUUGAUUGCUUAGUCCUUUGGGGUGGGGUCGUGUCUGAUGAUUCAGGUGCUAAGCAUCCCGGAGAGAGAGUUGGUUUCUCUGAUGACGUCUAUUUGGGGGUCUUGGUUUUGUUCCAUUUGGAUCUUCCUCUGUUCAAAUGUUGUACAAACUGCUGAGUUUCAGAUUGUGUUGCUUGGGUUUGUUGCCAUGGAUCACAGCCUCCCCAUCCCUUCCCUCCCUUCCCCUUCCUGAAACUUGAAUUGCUAAAGUGUGGUGAGUUCCUACUAAGAACAAUAAACUUGUGGCUGAGGUCUGGGACCCACUGACCUGAA